UAAAAUCAAGUACUCUCCAUUUAUCGAGAAAAAAAAACAAUAAUCAUGAAUGGGAUAAUAUCGGCAUAUGGAAUGGUUAUGUGUGAAUUGCAUUGUGUGUUUUUACUCUUCAUUGCAAUUCAGCCGUUAUUGUCGUUUGCCGUUUUGUUGCGCAAAUUUAGCAUUAUAUUUAUGUUUACGGUCAAAUGAUAGUUCAUUGGAAUUUCAAUAAUCACUGUGCGUUCAGACCUAAAAUCAAAUGUUCACAAAAUAAAUUAAAGGAAAAAAAAAUUCGGCAUAGAACAUCUCAUACUAGUAUUUUUUGUAGAGCAUUUGUUGGUGUUUUUUUUUUCUAUUGAUUUGAAGAUUAUUAUGAAAAUUAUAGUGAAGUGAGAAAAAAACGCCUGAAAGUUUAGCGAUGAGCAAAAACACAUGACAUUUUGAAUAUGUAUGCAGCGCACAUAAUCUGCUGAAUUGCUGAACAAAACAUGACAUAAAAUAUAUAUUAUAUAUACGCAUACAAACACACACGCAAUAGUAAAUUGAGUUACUUGUCAAAACAUCUAUUCAGCAGAUGUAUACAAACACAGCACGUUUUUUUGUUGUUAUUGACUUUCUUUAGUUUGACAACAAAGAAAUAGAAUGAUAGACACAAAGCGUGAUUAGCAAAGCAAAACAGAUAAAAAAAAAACACUGUUCAAAAACGCACUGGUAAUAAUGCAUUGCCCUCGCUAAUGCAAUAUUUACCGUGUCAUUCAAAUGAGUACACACGCUAUCCAAGUGCUUUUGUGAUUGUUUUUUUUCUUUCGAUCGUUCGUGCAUUGUAAUUUUCCAAAAAUUGUUCGUUCGUUCGUUCUUUGACUUAUCAAUGUAAUGAACUUAUAAAAACCGUCGGAACAAAAACGAUGUCAUCCACACAUCUCAAAAACAUCUUCGUUUACUGUUUAAAACCAGUGAACAUCCGAUAACUACUAAUAACAACAGUAAAAAGAAAUAAAGAACCAACAAACGCCACAAGUUUUAAACAAAGUUAGCAAAAGCUAAAUGGUUUUGAGAGUGAGAGCAUAGAACAAAACGUAGAAAAAGCUGAAACGAGCAAACUCCAAUUACAAAGUCUUUGUUAAAUGGUUAAAUGGCAUUUCAAUAAAUGGGCGUCAUUAUUUGAAAAACAAAAGAACCAAAUUUAUUGAUUUGCAAUUUAAAUUUGAAAUUAUUCGCCAAGUUUAGUUGAUCUGUUCUAUAUUUCUCACUCUUUGUUGUGUUAAACAUAAAACGAAAGAAGAGACGCACAACCACAAAAAUGUUUUCAACGACAUCCGAAUCGGAGAUUGAGUCGCUGUUGCCGUCAACAUCGCGAACGCGUCGAGAAGAUUAUCAAUCGAUUGGUGAAAGCAACGUUGCUCAAUCCAGCAGUAUAUUUGGUGUACGGCACUUGCAGGCGCUUCUGCUAUUUUUGGGACUGACAUUGGCAUAUGCAAUGCGUGUUAAUCUGUCGGUAGCAAUUGUUGCCAUUACUGAUAAACAUGCCGCCAAUCCAGAAUUUGAGGACCAUGAUUGGGAUGAAAAGACAAAAGCAUUAGUUUUAAGCAGUUUCUUCUGGGGAUACGUGUGGUCACAAGUACCGGCUGGUCAAUUGGCUCAACGGAUUGGAGCUAAAAGGAUUUUAUUGUGGUCGAUGCUUUUAUGCUCAGCACUAACAAUGCUUACACCGCUGAGCAUUAAGUACGGUGACUGGCAGUUAUUGUGCGCAUUACGUUUAGUCGAAGGUUUAUGUCAAGGUGUGAUAUUUCCAUCAACACAUACGUUACUAUCAAAAUGGGCACCAGUAUCUGAACGCGCUCAAUUAGCAACUUACUGCUAUUCAGGCUCACAGUUUGGAACAGUGGUAAUGCUAUCGACUAGUGGAAUUUUGGCAUCGUCAUUUAUGGGAUGGCCCAGUAUUUUCUAUAUUUCUGGUUUGUUAUCGGGACUAUGGGCAAUUUUAUGGUUGUUCUUCGGUAGCAAUUCACCAGCUGACUACAAGUACAUAUCGGCCGAAGAGCGAGAUUUUAUCCAAUCAUCUUUGGGCCAUACGGAAUCGGACCCAGAGCAUGACGAAAAGAAACAUCGUAAAACACCAUGGGGUGACAUUUUCACAUCGUUACCAUUCUAUUCAUUGGCCAUUGUACAUGCAGCACACAAUUGGGGCUUCUGGACCUUAUUGACUGAAAUGCCUUCAUACAUGAAAGGCGUUCUGAAGUUUGAUAUCAAAAAGAAUGCUCUACUAUCAGCUCUACCGUAUCUAGCAAUGUUGUUGCUGAGCUAUUUCUUUAGCUUUUUAUCGGGCAUUUUGGAGAGAAGAAAUUGUCUUCCACUCAAAUACAGUCGCAAAGUGUUCAACACUAUUGGUCAUUGGGUUCCAAUGUGCGCAUUAAUUGCUUUGGGAUAUGUGUCGUCAACCGAAAAAGACUUGGCCAUUUUCCUUUUGGUAAUUGCGGUUGGCAUUAAUAGUUCAACGUAUUUAGGUUUUCAGGUUAAUCAUAUUGACAUUGCUCCAAACUUUGCUGGAACAUUAAUGGGAUUAACGAAUGCAGCAGCAAAUGUGAUGUCAAUCAUUGCCCCAUUGCUAGUUGGUUUUAUUGUAAAAGAUGAUACUGAUCCAGUUGAAUGGCGUUUAGUAUUCUUUAUUUCGGCCGGUGUAUAUUUCUUUGGAAAUUUAAUGUUUGUUCUGUUCAGUUCGACUGAAAUUCAAGUAUGGAAUGACCCAGAGCACCGAGACAGACAAAUUCAAGCCAAUAAACAUCGACGACGAAGCAGUUGCUUGGAAGCACAAGGCGGCUUUUAAACCCAUUAACGUCAAACCGAUUUACCGCAGUGAUCUAGCAAUGAUACUAUGUAUCUCAUUGUGUCAUCAUAACUCUCUUUUUUGUUUCGUGUCUGUUUAGUAAGAGCGAAUGCGAUUUAUAUAAAUAUGUAUCCUAAUUUAAUUUGUGAAUGCCUGUGAAAGAUUGUGCAAAUAUGCGUGCACAACAGCAUUGGCCAAUGUGAAGAUUUAUGAAAAAUUAAGUAAUAAAUAAUGGGCGCGUGCCAAAUAUGAUUUAGUAGACGAUUGCAGAAAGGCAGACAGCGAAAACUUUUUUUUCUUUGACAAAAACAUCGUAAACGCACCAUUUGUCGUGCGCAAUAUUUUCCAAAAUGUAUUUAAUAGUUCGCAGUAUUAUGUAUAUUACAGUGAUGAUGAUGACGAUGAUAGAUGAAUGAACUUUCCAUGUCAUCUUAUAACUAAAGUACAAUAUUAAGUGAAUUCAAUUGUAUAUCAUAUAUUUUUGUAAUUUAUUAAAUGGCAAUUUGUAAUUUGAGUGUGCAUCAGACGAAAGAGAAGGAUAAAAAAUGAUGUGUAAAUGAUAUGGUUGAUUUUUAUCCGCGCAAUUUCGUCUUGAACGUAAAUGCAAAUAAGCCGUGUUGUAUGUGUACCAAACUGUGUGUUACGGGUUCAAAUGUCAUGCGAUGAGGAUAUACGAACAUAAUCGUAACCCAUUGCCUUUAGGCACUGCACAAACACACACCACACGCACACACUCAAUAUUAAUAUUUAAAAAAAAAUGUUUCUAGUUACCCGUCGUAAAUUAUAAAUAAUUAUUAUUAUUACAGGCAAAACAAUCGUGUGAUGUAAGCAAAAAUAUUUUGCAGAUAAUUUCUUUAUUUUUCUUAUCUGCAACACAAAUUAUUUGCAUUGUCUCUGGUUGUUUGCUGAAAAAUGACUCAAGUCGAUUCCUCUUCUUUUUUUUGUAUGAUAUAUUGUAAAAUAAACGAAAUAAAGUAACAAUUUUAAACAAGACGGAAGUAAA